CAGCGGGAUUUCCAAAGAGGGGAACAGCACACGGUGUGCAGAAGGUGCCAAGAGGAGCCCACAGGACCGUCGAGGCACGAGACGAACGGGCGAGGACCAGACCCGGCGCGGCGGGGGUUUGUGCUAAACCCAGCGCAAGCCUGCCAUAGGUGCGGAAGCCAGGAGCACUGGAUGCGGGAGUGUCGGAACCGACCGAUCACAUUUUGCUGGUCGUGCGGGCGAAUCGGCCGGAAGACCGCAGAAUGCUGCCCAAGAUCGGGAAACGCCACGCGACCCCAGCCUCAGAGGGGCAACCAGGGUUCGCAAGGUGCUGCCCCUCAAAAUUAAUGGGCAAGCUGAAGGCGGAAGAAAGACAACUGUCCGCCACAGUGCUCAUAAACGGAAUGGAAGUUAAGGCCACGAUGGACACCGGAGCCACAGCAAGCUUUAUUAGCGAAGAGUUGGCGGACAGGUUGCGGGCAGUGGGAGAGGUCGUAGCCACGAGAAGAGAGGUGCGGAUGGCUGAUGGACGGUUCGAGGAGGUCACAUCGCUGCUCGAAGUAGACGUAGGACUGGGAGAGAGGACCGUAAGAAUGCAACUGCUAAUCCUCCACAACAUCAUCGACGCGCUAGUACUGGGAUGGGAUUUCCUAACGAAAGUUGGAGCCAGGAUAGCAUGCGCGGGUCUGAGCGCAACGAUACCGGCGGGACAGCUGGUGCGAAGCAAUGCACGCGAGAAGCUGUCAGUGGCAGUAGUGGAAAGGACGACCGACUUUGCGGAGGAAGAUAUAGACGGCUUCCUGAAGGCAGAGCUAGCAGAUUUGGGAAGAGUCCAAGGGACGUCAACGGUGGCGGUGCACAGAAUCACGAUGAAAGACGAUCAACCGGUCAAACAGAGCUACUACUCGAAGAACCCGAAGAUGCAGGUGGAGAUCAACGCCAAGGUCGACGAGUUGCUACAAAAGGGGUGCAUCGAGCCGUCUAGGAGCCCGUACAGCUCUCCCAUAGUGAUGGUGAAAAAGAAGACGGGUCAGUGGCGCUUGUGUGUGGAUUUCCGCCAAAUAAACGCAAAGUCCGUGAAGGAUGCGUACCCGAUGCCAAUGAUCAACUACAUUCUGGAUCAACUAAGGGAGGCGAAAUACAUAAGCAGUCUGGAUUUGAAGGACGGGUACUGGCAGAUUCCGUUGGCAGCAGCAAGUCGGCAAUAUACGGCAUUUACGGUGCCGGGAAAGGGCCUGUUCCAAUGGAAAGUAAUGCCGUUCGGACUGCACUCCGCAUCGGCAACGUUCCAGCGGGCGUUGGACCAGGUGAUAGGACCAGAGAUGAUGCCACACGCAUUUGCGUACCAGGACGACAUAAUUGUGAUCGGACGGACACUACAAGAGCACAAGCGUAACCUGAAGGAGGUGUUCCGGAGGCUGAGGGCGGCAAACCUGAAAGUUAACGCAGAUAAGUGCAAGUUCUUUCGAAAGGAGCUACAAUACCUGGGCCACCGGGUGACGGAUCAGGGCAUCGGAACGGAUCCGGAGAAGGUAGCGGCAAUAGCUCAGCUAAAGCCCCCGGGAAACGUUAAGGAACUGCGACAGUAUCUAGGAGUGGCGUCGUGGUACAGACGUUUUGUACCGGAUUUUGCAACGUUGGUACAACCACUUAACGCACUCCUAAAGAAACAAGCAAAAUGGGAAUGGACUGACGCCCACCAAGAAGCAUUCGAGGCCGUCAAAACUAGGUUGGUCGCCGACCCGAUCCUGGCAUGCCCCGACUUCACACGGACGUUCGUGCUACAGACGGACGCCAGCGACUACGGGCUGGGCGCUAUCCUCACACAGCACUCCGAGCAAGGCGAGCGGGUGAUAUCCUACUCCAGCAGAUCGCUGAACGGAGCGGAGAAAAAUUAUUCUGCAACAGAGAAGGAAUGUUUAGCUAUAGUGUGGGCUGUCAGGAAAUUAAGACCAUACCUGGAGGGCUACCAUUUCAAAGUGAUAACGGAUCACAUGGCCCUGAAGUGGCUGAACAGCAUCGAGAGUCCGUCCGGAAGGAUCGCGAGAUGGGCAUUGGAGCUCCAACAAUACGACUUCGAGAUUGCGUACAGAAAGGGCCAGCUGAACAUCGUCGCGGACGCCCUAUCGAGGCAGCCGCUGCAGGAAACGAGUCGCAGGAUAACGGAAGAAGGGCAACCGGACGAACAGCAGGAGUGCAAGUGGAUAGAUGGGAUGCGGAGGAAGAUGAAGCAGGAGCCCCAAAAGUACCCGGACUACCUGGAAGAGGCCGGCCAAUUGUAUAGGCACAUUCCGCACCGGGCAGGACACGAGGAUGUGGUGUCAUGGAAGCUGUGUGAGGACACGGAGGAGGUGCCCGACACGGAGCUGUCGGAGGACGAGGCGAUGGAGGCGAAUCACGAAGAGCCCGUGGAUUGCGUGUCCCUCUCCUCAGAGAGCGAGGAGGACGACGGGGGUGAGACCGUCACCCCGGUGGUAUCCUCGGAGGAGGACGAAGGAGGCCGGAGAGCGAAGGCGAGGAUGGCCUACCGCAGCGUGCGGCGGGCGACACAGGGCCACGGGCGGAUUCGGCUGGGAGAGGCGAUGCCGUCGAAGGACCCGCGGGAGGUGCGCGAGUUCGCGGAGGCACGGAUCGCCACGCUGCGGCGGUUCGAGCGGAUGGUGGUGGAGCGGAAGGCAGCCGCCGCCAAGGCCGCGUGGGAAAAACGCCUGUCGGAGUGGCAAGAGGAGGAGGAGGCAUUGUGGCCGCCACCGCCGCCACCGGCGCAGUCACAGCCACCGACGCAGCAGCAGCCGCAGCCGCCGACACCGGAGCCGCAGCACCCGGGGAUGCCGCAGCCACCGACGCCGCAACCGCAGCCGCCGUUGCCGCCGACGCCACCACCGGCGCAGCCGCAGCCACCACCGCCACCACGCACGCCAACACCGCCGCCAGCACCACCGACGCCGCCGCCGCCGCGCACGCCGACGCCGCCACCCCAGGAUGAGGAGGGGCCCCGGUGCGAGCGGCAGCAGUCCUGGGAAGUGGACCAGGCGCACGUCGCGCAGACGCUGCGCACGAUCGGCCUGGGCGGCCGCCGGUGGCACCAGCAAACGGUGACCUGGACAUGGCCCGCACCGCAGGAGGACACGCCGGAGGCCCGCGUGUGGGAGGAGGUGGGCGCGGUCGGAUGGAGGCCGGUGGAGAAGCGGGCGCGCGACCCGCAAGUUCGCGCACGGGUAGAGGUCGGAGACGCGGGAGAGAACCCGGAGAAGGGUCCGUGGGUGUGGCCCGUACCACCACCACCGAAGCUCGCGCGGCAGGAGUCGUGCCCCGAGGCAAGACCGCCACCGCAGCGACCAUGCCUCCGCAGGCAGCAGUCGCUGGGCGGGAAGCCCUGGAAGGAGCUCGAGCGCGCGGAGUGGCCACCCAGAGUGGUCGAGGAGGCCGAGGCCCAGGCGAGAAGAAGCCACAAGGACCGCUGGGCCAAGCUGUUCGUGCUGGACGGCCAGCGGUUCCGGCUGAAGGUGCGUCGCGGCGGGGCCAUUCAGGUGUACGUACCCCAAUAA